UGUUCCUUACUAUCCAGACUGUCCUCCCUGCCAUGCCCAAUGGGACCGUUCCCCUCGUUCCCUGGUGCGCAUGCCCCUGCGGGAGCCUGUCCAGGCUCUCCAGCACCCAUUGUGCCCUGGCUUGUGCGAGUGCUGUGCUUGCAGGUGUAAUGCAGGUGUCUUGUCUCCCACUCUGUCCCUCUUCUCUAGGGCUUUCUGACGUGCCCUGAUGCCGCAAGCCCCUGGCGUUCUCCAGCGUGGCUGAACUCCCCAGCCACGGGACAAUGGAUCCCCCUGCUGAGGACUUCCCCCAAGUCCUCUCCAUUGGCCAGAUCCACUCCAUCCGAGCCAGCAAUGACUAUGUGGAGAGACCCGCCGUCUCCUUCAAGCAAGCCCGGUCCAGCCCUUCCCUCUCCCAGCAGGCCCACAAGCAAGAGUGGGCUCAGGACUGCCUGGUGUCUUCCGCCUUCCAGGACCUGCACCGCAGCCACAGCCAGCACCACCAGAUGUCGGCCCUGCCACAGCACCUCAGCCAUUCCAGCACAGCCAGCUCCCUGUCCCACAGCACCGCGGCCUCGGACCAGCGGCUCCUGGGCGGCGUCACACCCUCGCACUCGGGGCACUCCCUCGUCUGCAUGCAGCCCAGGGCUGGCGACCUGAAGCCGGAGGAGCCGCUCAAGGGGGCGGUGGAGAAGGCCACUCUCCACCCCGGACACCUCUUCAUCUGCGAGGAGUGUGGGCGUUGCAAGUGCGCCCAGUGCACGGCUGCCCGCAGCCUGCCGUCCUGCUGGCUCUGCGACCAGCGCUGCCUCUGCUCCCCCGAGAGCCUGCUGGAGUACGGGACUUGCUUGUGCUGCGUCAAGGGCCUCUUCUACCACUGCUCCACCGAUGACGAGGACACCUGUGCCGAUGACCCCUGUUCCUGCGGCCCCGGGUCCUGCUGCGCCCGCUGGGCUGCCAUGAGCAUCCUCUCGCUCUUCAUGCCCUGCCUCUGCUGCUACUUCCCCACCCUGGGCUGCCUCAAACUGUGCCAGCGGGGCUACGACAGGCUGAAGCGCCCCGGCUGCCGCUGCCAGAGCCACACCAACACCGUCUGCAGGAAGAUCUCCUCCGCCAGCGGCGCGCCGUUCCCCAAGGCGCUGGAUAAGCCAGUAUGACCUUCCUGGGGAGGGGACUGUCUCCUUUGGCUCCUGCACUGCUCACCUCUCCGGGCACAAAGCAGAGACUAAAUCCGCCAGCCCCGCGCAGGGCGUGGGCCAGGCCUGCGCGCCAGGUUUUGCACACUUUGGCAAGGGACCAGGGCGGAGGGACUCGGAUGCUGACACGGGCAUUAGUGAUCAGCGGGAGGCUUUCAGCAGGGGAGCUGGCUCGGGGCUCUGACAUCACGAUGCCUUAGGCGCUGUUUCUCUGGUGGGUUUCAAAUGGGGACCUGUCCAAGCACUAGAAUCUUUGGGGGCCAGACCACAGAACCCAUGUCGCUUUCACCCACUUUCUGUCUGCAGCGGUACCUCCCAUAGGCUUUUCCUCCAUUUCUGGUGCUGUUGGGCUCUAGAUUGGUCCCUGCGAAGGGAGAAGAGCCACUGCAGUGCACUGACCACGGGCGCACCCCCCAGCGGAACAGAGAAAGCUCCUGACGAUUUCUAGGUAGCCAGGGCAAUAAGUGAGCCCAACUCCUGUUUCCAGGGGCGCUCUGCUCAUAGAAGCAGGACCUGGCUAGAUGAAUCAUGCUGGCAUGGAAAAGGGGUGAUGUGGACAGAACUGGGCCCCUCCUCCCACUUUGGUACAUGACUGUUGUAACCGGUAUGUCAAGGUGGAUGUGGCUGAGAGCAUGGCGCAGGUGGAACCUCCAUCCCAGGCUGAGGGGCAGCGGGACUGGAUCCCUGGAGGGAGUGUAACGCUCUGCUUGCAGAGCAUCCCUCUUGGUGACUGGCGGAUGACACAGUUGGUCUGUAUUGAGUUGGUUUCAGUCCAUCCAUGGGUGGUAACCCUCCGCCGUGGGUGACACUCCUGUUGCAGGCUGAGCAUUGAGACCCAGAGCUGGCUGGGCCACUAAGCCUGGCCUUCCUCCUUCCCUCUGGAUGUUAGGAGAGGUACUUGAGUAGGGCAGUGGGUAGGAAGCUUGCCCGUCUGCCCUGCCCGGUAGAUGAACAGGGGCCUCCUGUCUCUGGAGCUGCCAAUCUGGUACCUUUCACCAGCACUGAAUUCACUUUAAGGAAUGCUAAACCGCAAAC